UUUUUUUUUUUUUUUCGUUAUUAGAGAAAAUGGGAAACAGCCUUAGUUCGCGGUCAAAAGCGAUUGACAAACAACUCAAAAUGGAGAGAAAGAAAGUAGCUAAAGAAAUUAAGAUUCUACUUUUAGGUGCUGGUGAUUCUGGCAAGUCCACCAUCAUCAAACAGAUGAGACUGAUUCAUGCCUCUGGGUUCUCUAAGAUUGAACGAGAAAACUUUCGGGCCAUGAUCUUUACCAACUUGUUAGGUUCGAUGCAAGCCUUGUUGGAAAGUAUGCAUCUUCUCAAUUUGACAUUGUCAAACCAAGAAAACUGGAAUUACAUUACAUUGUUUGAAGAUGUUUCGAGUGCAUCGCAACUAUCGAUUCAUGAGCCAUAUCUGAUUGAUUACCUAUCUCCCUUGAAAUCACUAUGGCAAGAUGAAAGUAUCCAGACCACAUUUUCCAAGGGACACACAUUUGCUUUUAAUGAGAAUAUCAAAUAUUUCUUUGAUCAGUUAGAUAGACUGUUUGACCCUGAAUACAUGCCAACAGAUGCAGAUAUUAUUCAUUGUAGAAUCAAAACAACAGGAAUUGUAGAGACCAAAUUUAGAAAUGGAUCUGUGAUUUAUAGGAUGUUUGAUGUGGGUGGGCAGCGUAGUGAAAGAAAGAAGUGGAUUCACUGUUUUGACAACGUGGCAGCUAUUCUAUUUGUAGCCGCACUAAGUGGAUAUGAUUGCUGUCUUGUGGAAGAUAAAUACUCUAAUCAAAUGUAUGAAGCAUUCAUGCUAUUUGAGUCUAUCUGUAACUCCAAAUGGUUUGUCAAUACUUCCAUCAUUCUCUUUCUUAACAAGGCAGACUUGUUUGAAGAAAAGGUGACUCGAUCUCGUAUUAAAGAUUAUUUCCCAGACUAUCAAGGAUCACCCACUAAUGUAGACCAAGGCAAAGAAUUCUUCAAGACAAGAUUCAUGAAUCUCAAUAACAAUGCCGGCAAACAAAUUUAUGUACAUUAUACAGUGGCUACAGAUACUCGGUUAUUAGCGCAUGUCAUGGAAUCUGUGUCUGACAGUAUACUUCAUGAAAACCUUCAGACAUUAUUACUCUAAUUUUUUUUUUUUUUUUUUUGUUUUAUAUGUACCACUAUGUAUUUCUACUAUAUAUGUAUAUGUUUAUUUUAUCAAG